AGAACCCGUAGAACUCAGCAAUAGGCCGGGUAGAGUGGCUUAUGCCUGUAAUCCCAGCACUUUGUGAAGCUGAGGUGGGUGGAUCACCUGAGGUCAGGAGUUCGAGACCAGCCUGGCCAACGUGGUGAAACCCUGUCUCUACUAAAAAUACAAAAAUUAGCUGGGCGUGGUGGUGUGCACCUAUAAUUCCAGCUACUCGGGAGGCUGAGGCAGGAGAAUUGCUUGAACCUGGAAGGCAGAGGUUGCAGUGAGCCGAGAUUGCGCCACUGCACUCCAGCCUGGACUCCAUCUCAAAAAUAACAACAAUAAAAUACCUCAACAACAAAAAGACAACCCAAAUUAAAAAUGGGCAAAGAACUCAAAUAGAUGCUCCUCCAAAGAAGAUAAAUGGCCAGGCUGGGCACGGUGGAUCACGCCUGUUAUCCCAGCACUUUGGGAGGCUGAGGCGGGUGGAUCACUUGAGGUCAGGAGUUCAAGACCAGCCUGGACAACAUGAAACCCUGUCUCUACCAAAAAUACAAAAAGUUAUCCGGGUGUGAUGGUGCGCAUCUGUAAUCCCAGCUACUCGAGAGGCUGAAGCAGGAGAAUUGCUUGAACCCGAGAGGCGGAGGUUGCAGUGAGCCGAGAUCACGCCACUGUAUUCCAGCCUGGCGACAGAGCAAGACUCUGUCUCAAAAAAUGUAUAUAAAAACAAAACCAUGAGAUGCCAUAUUAUGCCCAUUACGAUGACUAUACUAAAACAAAAAGCAAUGUUGGAGAGGAUGUCGAGAAAUGGGACCCUCAUCCACUGCUACUGGGAAUGUAAAAUGCAGCCACUUUGGCAAACAGACCCUCAAAAAGGAGCAUUAGCAUAUGCCCACAGUUCUGCUCCUAGGUACAUACUCAAGAGAAUUGAAAAUGUGCCCACAGAAGCCUGCACACAGAUGCUCAUGGCAGCAUUAUUUACAGUAGCCCCUCAGUGGAAAAAACCAAAUUAUGCAUCCACUGAUAAAGUGUGAUACGUUCACAGGAUGGAAUAUUACUCAACUGUGAAAAGGAAUGAAGCAAUCACAGUCGAGGAGGAACCUUGACAAAUUAAAAAAAGCCAGACAUGAAAGGUCACAUGUUGUGUGACUGCAUCCUAUGAAAUGCCCAUUACAGGCAAAUCCAUGGAAACAAGAAGUAGCUUAGUCGUUACUAGGGACGGAGAAUGGAGAGUUACCAUUUAAUGGGUAUAGUGUUUCGUUUUGGGGAAGUAAGAAGGUUCUGGAAUUGGUGAUGGUUGCACAACCUUGUUGAUAUACUAAAAGCUGUUGGGCGCUGUGGCUCAUGCCUGUAAUCUCGGCACUUUGGGAGGCUGAAGCUGAAGGAUCCCUUGAGCCAGGAGUUCAAGACCAGCCUGGGCAACACAAUGAGGCCCUGUCUCUACAAGAAAUAUAUUUUUAUUAUAUUUUUUUGAGACAGAGUCUCACUCUGUCAUCCACGCUGUAGUGCGGUGGUGCGAUCUCAGCUCACUGCAACCUCCGCCUCCCAGGUUCAAGUGAUUCUUCUGCUUCAGCCUCCCGAGUACUUGGGAUUACAAGCACGUUCCACCACACCCGGCUAAUUUUUGUAAUUUUAGUCGAGACGGGGUUUCACCAUGUUCGCCAGGCUGGUCUCAAACUCAUGACCUCAAGUGACCUGCCCACCUUGGCCUCCCAAAGUGCUGGGAUUACUACAGUCACUACACCCAGCCUCAAAAACUAUAUUUUUAAAAAUUAGCAGCUGGGCGCAGUAGCUCAUGCCUAUAAUCCCAGCACUUUGGGAGGCCGAGGCGGGUAGAUCACGAGGUCAGGCGUUCGAGACCAGCCUGGCCAAGAUGGUGAAACCUCGUCUCUACUAAAAAUACAAAAAUUAGCUGGGCAUGGUGGUGGGUGCCUGUAGUCCCAGCCACAGGGAGGCUGAGGCAGAAGAGAACCCGGGAGGUGGAGGUUGCAGUGAGCAGAGAUCAUGCCAUUGCACUCCAGCCUGGGCGACAGGGUGAGACUCCGUCUCAAAAAAAAAAAAAAAAAAAAAAAAAUAGCCAGGCACGGUGGCUCACACCUGUAAUCCCAAUACUUUAGGAGGCCAAGGCAGGAGGUUCGCUUGAUCCUCCUAGGAGGUAGAGAUCAGCCUGGGCAACAUAGCAAGAUCCUGUUUCUAUAAAAAAUAUAUUUUUAAAAAUUGGCCAGCCGGGCGCAGUGGCUCACACCUGCAAUCCCAGCGCUUUGGGAGGCUGAGGUGGGUGGAUCACCUGAGGUCGGGAGUUCGAGACCAGCCUGACCAACAUGGAGAAACCCUGUCUCUACUAAAAAUACAAAAUUAGACAGGUGUGGUGGCACAUGCCUGUAAUCCCAGCUACUCAGGAGGCUGAGGCAGGAGAAUUGCUUGAACCCAGGAGGUGGAGGUUGUGGUGAGCCAAGAUCGAGCCAUUGUACUCCAGCCUGGGCAACAAGAGUGAAAACUCCGUCUCAAAAAAAUAAAAAAACAAAAAUUGGCGGGGGUGCCAGGCACGGUGGCACACGCCUGUAAUCCCAGCACUUUGGGAGGCCAAGGUGGGUGGAUCACUUGAGAUCAGGAAUUUGAGACCAGCCAAGCCAACAUGGUGAAACCCCAUCUCUACUAAAAAUACAAAAAUUAGCUGAGCGUGGGGCAUGUGCCUGUAAUCCCAGCUACUCGGGAGGCUGAGGUAGGAGAAUCGCUUGAACCCAGGAGGUGGAGGUUGCAGUGAGCCCAGAUCAUGCCACUGCACUCCAGCCUGGAUGACAGAGGAGACUCCAUGUUAAAAAAAUAAUAAUUAAAUAAACUUUAAAAAUUAGCCGGGGCAUGGUGUUUCGUGCCUGUGGUUCCAGCUACUGGGAAGGCUGAGGUGGGAGGAUUAACUGAACCUGGGAGUUUGAGGCUCCAGUUAGCUGUGAUCUCACCACUGCCCUCCCUGGGUGACAUAUAUAUAUAUUUAAGCCACUGAGCUGUGAAGGUAUGUGAGUUAUAUCUUGAAAAAUACACACAUAGUGAGCGCCAAAUCCCGGGAUUAGUGUUUAAGUGUUGGGCUUGUCAGCUGUCAAGGGCUCUGCAGCUCUUUCUCUGAAUCCAAGUUAUUCUUCCUUUGGACUGGGAACCCAGGCUGCGACCUGGGAGGAUGUGGCCUCAUGGGGGGCAGGGCCAGCACGCUGUGAUGGGGCUGGGGCUGGGCAGGUUGGGGCUGCCUGCUACUCCCCACUCCUGACUCUGGGUGGGGACAGAAGGCAGAGGGAGGCUCCUGGCACCUGGGGCACAGGAAUCUCAGGCAUGUGGUCCUGAGCCUGUUUCCAAAAGCCAGACCCGCCUCCCCAGGGCGGAGAGACUGGGAGGGGCCCCAAUCCAGGCUCCCGGGAUGGCCUGGCUGGCAUCUGGGGUUCCAGUGGCCCCUCUCCCUCGGCCCUGGCAGUGGGGCUGGACACUGGCCUGCCUCCCACCAGAGUCCCCCUAGCUCCUCCCUGCUGUGGGCUGGACUGGGAGGAAGAGGGUGGGGUGCACUUACAUUUGCAGGUCUUUCCAGCCCCUGGGGCAGCUUGAUUAACCAGCUUCUCCAGGGCCAAGCUGUUGGGGGUGGGGUGCAGCCCGAGGCAGCCAGACCAGCCCCCGAGCCUCCUGGGUGUUGGAGGCUGUCAUGGGGCUACCCUGGGGGCAGCUUCACCUAGGGCUGCAGAUGCUCCUCCUGGCGUUGAACUGUCUCUGGCCCAGCCUGAGCCUGGGUGAGUGGGGGUCCCGGAUGGACGUGUCCAGCCAGACCCAAGGGGCUGCGGGCCCUGCUGGAGUGAUCGGACCCUGGGUGCCCACCCCCCUCCGGUUGGGAGAGGCAGCCCCAGGGACCCCCACGCCCUUCUCCGUGGCUCACCUUUUGUUCCCCGUGGCCACAGAGCUGGUGCCCUACAUGCCUCAGAUAACAGCCUGGGACCUGGAAGGGAAGGUCACAGCCACCACCUUCUCCCUGGAGCAGCCGCGCUGUGUCUUCGAUGGGCAUGCCAGCCCCAGCGACACCGUCUGGCUCGUGGUGGCCUUCAGCAAUGCCUCCAGGGGCUUCCAGAACCCGGAGACACUGGCUGACAUCCCGGCCUCCCCACAGCUGCUGACCGACGGCCACUACAUGACGCUGCCCCUGUCUCUGGACUGGCUGCCCUGUGACGACCCCAUGGUGGGCAGCGGAGGCGCCCCCGUGCUGCGGGUGGGCCAUGACCACGGCUGCCACCAGCAGCCCUUCUGCAACGCGCCCCUCCCUGGCCCUGGACCCUAUCGGGUGAAGUUCCUCCUGAUGGACGCCAGGGGAUCACCCAGGGCCGAGACCAAGUGGUCAGACCCCAUCACUCUCCACCAAGGGAAGACCCCCGGAUCCAUCGACACCUGGCCAGGGCGGCGAAGUGGCAGCAUGAUCAUCAUUACCUCCAUCCUCUCUUCUCUGGCCGGCCUCCUGCUCUUGGCCUUCUUGGCAGCCUCUACCGCGCGCUUCUCCAGCCUGUGGUGGCCAGAGGAGGCCCCGGAGCAGCUGCGGAUCGGCUCCUUCAUGGGCAAGCGCUACAUGACCCACCACAUCCCAUCCAGCGAGGCCGCCACACUGCCGGUGGGCUGUGAGCCUGGCCUGGACCCACUCCCCAGCCUCAGCCCCUAGCCUGGCCUCUGUGCUUGGGGCUGGGGGAGGUGGGGCGCACGGAGCGAGUGCAUGGUGCUCUGUCCCAGCUCCUGCACCCACAGGCCCCCUCAGGGCUCCUUGCCUUUCCCCUCCACCAGCAUACCCCCUACCCUGCCUGGAAUCCCAGCACCAGCCCCCCUGCCUCUGCCUUUCCGGUUUCUCUCCCUCUCCAAGCAUCUGUAAGUUGCACUCAGGAGGGUUUAGGGGAGGGCCAUGGGCAGGCUGAACACCCAGUCCCCACCUCCAUCCCCACCUCUGUCUCACCUGACCUCCUUCGAGGGAGGCUGGAGACCGUGUGCACAGGCCGCCCUGACCACAAGCUUCCAGACCCCAAGAGGAGGCCUGCAGAGGAAUGUGCUUUGCCUGAUGCAGGGAGCUGGGCCCAUCCUGGGGCCUAUGAGACCUGAGCCACCCUCCGUCCCCCGUCCCACCCAUCAGUGGCUGGGCGGGGUGAGGAUUCAGAGGCGUCUCUACUGCCUCUGGGCACAGCACCUUUCUGAGAGUGGGACUCUCCAUGGUCAUCUGACUACCAAUUCUGGCCGCCACCUCCAACCUUCUUGCACAUAUGGCUGGCUCUCGCCCUUAUCCACCCCCUCAAGCAUUUAUUAAGCACCUGCUGUAUGCCACAUACCGUGUUA